UAAAGACUUUCAUUGAUACCGAACACGACAUCCAAAAGCAUUUAAUAGAUAUGGGAAUUGAGAACAAAGUGACAAAUAAAGAGGAAUUACUGCAGAGUUUUGUUUCGCUUAAUGAAGACAUCAAUGAAAGACUUGAGGAAACGAAUGAGUUGUGCGAAGACGGACCAGAUUUGACGCCCAAUUCAAAUGCAAUCUAUUAUACGCCUCCUUCGGGUCAUAAUAACGAGGUUGAGAUGGAGGAGGACGUAGUUUUGGGCGCCAGUAGACGACUCCGCACUGCUGUCGACCGGAUCCUGAAGUUGUUGAGUGAGAUCGUGUCCACACAACACGAACAUGACUUCAGUUCUGUGGCCAAGAAGAAUGAAGAACUCCUGUCAGAACUGAACGAAGAGUGUGUCCGACGCAACAAAUUGACGGCACAGUUGUUGCAAAUCGAGGAUCGCGUGAAAUCUCUUGAGAAGGAGAAGACAUCCCUUUCUGACAAACUUAUUGAUUACAACGAAAUGAAGAGACAAUUGGAGACAACGAGGGCUAAGAUGAAUGAGUAUGAGUUGGAACGCGACAAAUGGCUUAAUGACAACAAACGUCUUCAGGACGAGAAGUGCUCUUUCGCACAGGGAUUACCACAACUCCAGAAAAUCUCUAUAAAUAGCACUGAUAUCUCUGCACAAAACACUGCACUGUUCGCAAACACAGAAUUGGUUGACGAUAACGAGUCUCUAAAUAGUGAUGUCCUUCAACUACAACAAGAGCGGAUCAAACUCUUGCAACGAAUACACACUUUAACCCUCGAGAGUGAGACACUUAGGAGUGAAAGAGACGACAUUCUCGAUGAUAAACGCAGAGAAUGCGAGGAUUUUGUGGCUCAGAUCGAAGCGAAUGAGAAGAAUAUAUUGAGUUAUCGUAAGUUUAUUGACGAACAAACACACGAACGAGAGCUCGAAAGGGAUGAAUACCAUAAAGAGUUGGUUGCGUUGACCGAAAGGAUCAAAGAUAAGGAGAAGAGUGAAUCGAAACUAAGGUCUCGUUUGGAAGAAAUGGAAACACAAAUCAGUUGUUUGACUGAAGAGAAGUGCUUUAAAGAGAAACAACUCAACGAUUGUAAUCAUCAGCUGAAGAGUGCCAACAAUGAGAUAAUAGAAUUAAAAGCAAUAAUCAAACAAAUGGAGAGAGAGAGCGAUAAAAGUAAUCAAUCGGAGAAAAAUUUGCGUUCAAAGAUCGAUGGCUUGAAUGAAGCGCUGGAACUGCAGAUUAGGAUUAACGAGGAAUCGCAGAACGAUAUGCUGGCGAACAAUAUAUUAGAACAAAUCACUUCUAAGACCCACAUCUUGCAGAACACUCUCGGCUCAGCCGAAGGCGACAGUGAAUCAGAGGACACGUCCAUCGAGUGCUCCUAUACUGAUGUGGGACUUCUUAGUGACAAAUUGAAUGCCUUAAACGAAUGCAUCGAUAAAUUACUUCUUCAGAACAACGGUCUUAAGAAAGAAGUAGAACUCAUUAGGAGUGAGAAAAACAAAGAUUUUGAUGAAUUGGUUAAAGAGAAGCAAAGUAUAGAAAGAAAUUUGACUGAAAUUCAAAGAUCUAACGAAAUCCUGAAAGAAGCACUCAAUACGAAACACUUGCAGUUGAGUUCACUUAAGUCAAGACUGGAGUUAACGUUAGAUUCUUCAGAAAUGAAGCAUAUGUUCGAAGAAUUACAGAAUAAACUUAUAUCUGAAGAGCAAAAGAAUAAGAAAUAUGACUUUGAAUUGAUUUCACUUAAACAGCUAAUGGACGAUAAAAACAACAAAACUUUACAAUUGUUGGAUGAAUUGAAUGCUCUUAAGCGUCAGUUUAAGACAAUAGACUCAGAAAAGUGUUCACUCAUUAGAGAAAACGACGAAUUAAGGCUUAAAUUGAGUUCAAAGGAUGCAAUACUUGUGGCCAUCAAACAACAAAUAGACGAUAAAAACGACAAAACUUCUCAAUUAUUUGACGAAUUGAAUGCUCUUAAGCGACAGUUUAAGGCAAUAGAUUCUGAGAAGUGUUCCCUCGUUAGAGAAAACGGGGAAUUAAGGAUUAGUUUGAAUUCAAAGGAUUCUAUACUUGUGGCCAUCAAACAACAAAUUGACGAUAAAAACAGCAAAACUUCACAAUUAUUGGACGAAUUGAAUGCUCUUAAGCGUCAAUUUAAGACAAUAGACUCAGAGAAGUGUUCACUCGUUAGAGAAAACGGCGAAUUAAGGAUUAAUUUAAGUUCAAAGGAUUCAAUACUUGUAGCCAUCAAACAACAAAUAGAGGAUAAAAACAAGAAAAUUUCACAAUUAUUGGACGAAUUGAAUGCUCUUAAGCGUCAGCUAAAGACAAUAGAGUCAGAGAAAUGUUCACUCAUUAGGAUUAACGAGGAAUCGCAGAACGAUAUGCUGGCGAACAAUAUAUUAGAACAAAUCACUUCUAAGACCCACAUCUUGCAGAACACUCUCGGCUCAGCCGAAGGUGACAGUGAAUCAGAGGACACGUCCAUCGAGUGCUCCUAUACUGAUGUGGGACUUCUUAGUGACAAAUUGAAUGCCUUAAACGAAUGCAUCGAUAAAUUACUUCUUCAGAACAACGGUCUUAAGAAAGAAGUAGAACUCAUUAGGAGUGAGAAAAACAAAGAUUUUGAUGAAUUGGUUAAAGAGAAGCAAAGUAUAGAAAGAAAUUUGACUGAAAUUCAAAGAUCUAACGAAAUCCUGAAAGAAGCACUCAAUACGAAACACUUGCAGUUGAGUUCACUUAAGUCAAGACUGGAGUUAACGUUAGAUUCUUCAGAAAUGAAGCAUAUGUUCGAAGAAUUACAGAAUAAACUUAUAUCUGAAGAGCAAAAGAAUAAGAAAUAUGACUUUGAAUUGAUUUCACUUAAACAACUAAUGGACGAUAAAAACAACAAAACUUUACAAUUGUUGGAUGAAUUGAAUGCUCUUAAGCGUCAGUUUAAGACAAUAGACUCAGAGAAGUGUUCACUCAUUAGAGAAAACGACGAAUUAAGGCUUAAAUUGAGUUCAAAAGAUGCAAUACUUGUGGCCAUCAAACAACAAAUAGACGAUAAAAACGACAAAACUUCUCAAUUAUUUGACGAAUUGGAUGCUCUUAAGCGACAGUUUAAGGCAAUAGAUUCUGAGAAGUGUUCCCUCGUUAGAGAAAACGGGGAAUUAAGGAUUAGUUUGAGUUCAAAGGAUUCUAUACUUGUGGCCAUCAAACAACAAAUUGACGAUAAAAACAGCAAAACAUCACAAUUAUUGGACGAAUUGAAUGCUCUUAAGCGUCAAUUUAAGACAAUAGACUCAGAGAAGUGUUCACUCGUUAGAGAAAACGGCGAAUUAAGGAUUAAUUUAAGUUCUAAGGAUUCAAUACUUGUAGCCAUCAAACAACAAAUAGAGGAUAAAAACAAGAAAAUUUCACAAUUAUUGGACGAAUUGAAUGCUCUUAAGCGUCAGCUAAAGACAAUAGAGUCAGAGAAAUGUUCACUCGUUAGAGAAAACGACGAAUUGCGGCUUAAAUUGAGUUCAAAGGAUGCAAUACUUGUAGCCAUCAAACAAAAAGCCGAUGAAAAGGGAACCGAAGAAGAAGAACGACUAAAUGGUGUCUCUUCUCAGUUGUUGUGGAAAUUAAAGCGAGUUAUUAGUCAUAAGAAUGCGUUAAUUCAUCAAAAGAAGUAUUUGCUUCACGUGUUGGGCGGCUUUCAACUGACGGAAAGGGCAACUCUGGCACUGUUGGCCAAUAUGAACGUAACAGUUGACGACGAAUUACCAGCUUUUCAAAGCAGCAGAAAUCGGUUCCGAAGUGCUGUCUACUGUGUGAUUGCCAUCUCAAGAAUGAAACUCUUGGUCCGCAAAUGGAAGUCAAGGAAUCACAGCAAAAGCAGACCCAAUGUGGCGAAGGCUGUCAGCGCCAGCUCUUUGGGCACAACCAAUGAGUUGCAAACAGACUCUACUUUACAAGAGUUCGUCAAUCGUUUACAACGACUUCACGACACUCUUGGCCUCAGAACCGGACAGAUAUGAAGUCCAGUCACUAAUACAUAAAGGAUUGUAUUUCUUAACCAAAAAUCUAUACAUUAAUGAAAUAUAUUUGAUAAAAUAACUUUAGUUUUAAUAAUAACACAAAUAGUAAAUAAAAGAUUUUAUUGUUUUAUAGAAA